GAAACAAACACCUGACCAGGUGACCAGCUCGGUCACUUCUUUAUCAAAACAAGAUGAAAAAUCUACUUUUGCUGCUUCUCUUGUGUCACGUGUCGUCAUCAGUAAAACACUCCCUGAAGUUUUUUGUAACUGCAUCUUCUGGAGUCCCAAACUUCCCACAGCUUGUGGGUGCUGUAACGGUUGAUGACCUUCUGGUGGGUAACUGCGACUCUAAUAAAAAGAUAAUAGAACCAAAACAAAAGUGGGUGAAAACAGCAUUAGAAAACAAUCCACAGCAUUUGGAGUGGUACACUGAAGAGUGUUUUGCAAUCCUGCCACAUAUCUUCAAAGCCAGGAUGGACAGCUUGAAGCAGCGCUUCAACCAAAGUGGAGGUGUCCACAUUUUCCAGAGGCUGAGUGGCUGUGAGUGGGAUGAUGAGACUGGGGAGAUUAAGGGAUUUAUGCAGUAUGGUUAUGAUGGAGAAGACCUCAUAUCAUUGGACCUGAAGACACUGACAUGGAUCGCUCCGAAACCACAGGCUGUCAUCACCAAACUGAGAUGGGAUGCUGACAAAGUCAGACUAAUAGACCAUGAAAACUACUUAACUAAUGUUUGUCCUGAGUGGCUGAAGUCUUAUGUGACCUUUGGAAAGAGCUCUCUGCAGAGAAAAGGUAGAAUCACAUGACCUGAUGUAGUUUCAUGAACAUAACAAUGUUCAUACAACCUGCUCAGAAUG